CUUCCGGCGGCCGCGGGCGGGCGGCGGACGGGGCGCGGCGCAGGGAGCAUUGUUUUGAAGAAUGUCUGGAAGUUUCUACUUCGUGAUAGUUGGUCAUCAUGAUAAUCCCAUAUUUGAAAUGGAAUUUCUGCCUCCUGGAAAAGUAGAGUCAAAGGAUGAUCAUCGCCAUCUCAACCAGUUCAUUGCCCAUGCUGCUCUGGACCUCGUAGAUGAGAACAUGUGGCUUUCUAACAACAUGUAUUUGAAGACUGUGGACAAGUUUAACGAAUGGUUUGUUUCUGCUUUUGUCACAGCUGGACAUAUGAGAUUUAUAAUGCUUCAUGAUGUAAGGCAAGAAGAUGGAAUUAAGAACUUCUUUACUGAUGUAUAUGAGUUGUAUAUAAAGUUUGCAAUGAAUCCAUUUUAUGAACUCAAUACUCCUAUUCGAUCCACUGCCUUUGAAAGGAAAGUCCAGUUCCUUGGGAAGAAACACCUUUUAAGCUGAAUAAAUAAAUUUCCUGAGUGAGUGGCUUUUCCCUACUUUCCUGAUUGUUUGAACUCUACUUCGUCUGGUUAGUCCCCUGCAUAAUUUAUAUUCAUCUUCUGAAGACUGAUUAAUUGGAUAGCUGCUAAAGCAGCUAUUUCUUUUGCAGAUAUAGAUAAGAACAGCCAAGCUUCUCUGGUGAAAAAUGUGUUAUCUCAAGAAGGUUCCUUUUAUGUGGUAUGAAAACCAAGUUUUAAACUGUCAGAGCCUACAGAGGUACAAAAGAAGAAACUGAGACAUUAUGUGUUAAUGCAUUUGCAAAGUGUAAGCCUCUGACACAGGGUGGGAGGAAAUCAGACCUAAAUGCAAAAGAUGUUGCCAGUCAUCUGGUUUAAUAUGAGCAAAAGGAAUUCUUGAGUAUUUGGCCUAAGUGCUUAAUUUUAUUAUAGACUUUCCUACUUGUGUUCCUUCAGUGGAGAACUCAAUCUGCAGAAUAACCAGACUAACAUUACACUUUAUGGUAGUAAAUCAAGCCUCUAUUUAUUAAUGUGUAAUUGUAUGUAUAUAAAGUGCUCAAUAAAAAAUGGAUUGAUCAGAAAAGCUGUCUCCAGUACUUGAAGAAAUUUGGAGGAAAACUCCAUAGUUUAAAAGUGUGUAAUUUGAAAUUUUCUGUGUAUUUAGUGCAAUGCACAUUUAGCUGCCGUGUUGCAUCAAUGAAUGAAGUAGACCAGAACAGCCAGAUCUGCCCUGACAUUAAUUCUAAUUCACACAUGAAAAAAACCCAAACUAAAUUUACAUGUUUGAACCCAUGUUUUUUUCCCAUUAUUUCUGCAACUGCUGAAAACUUUCUUUGUGUAAAUAAAUUUAGAGGAGAAUUUUUGAACCAUGAAACUGUAUUUGUUGAGGUUUCAGAAAGGCAUUAUUUGGCUGUCUGGCUCUUAUUCCAUUUUAAAAUGUUUUAGGAACCAUUUUGCAAAACUUAACAUAAUUCCAAACCAGUAAUUUUUAGAUAGAUCAUUUGGCAUACGUGUACCUAAUACUUUGCUUGGGUUUACAGUUUCAAGUAUUCUGUUCCUCUUUGCAGCAAAUCUGUAUAAGCUAUCUUGUGUUUUUUUUUUCACGACUGAAAAGUUAUUUCCAAAGGAAGUGGCAUGCUGUUCUAAGAAGUAUUUUGCAUAGUCUGUAUAAUUAAGGGGACCAUGUGUAUGUGCUAUAAAUGUAUAGUCAGUCAUUAUUUCUGCACUUACUAAGCUGACACUCUAAAAUGUUCCAGGGGAAAAAAGAACAUGAUAAAGACUUGCAAUAUUUACCUUAAAUAAAACAUGGAAUGAUGCAGUA